CUUUUCUUUUCUGAAAUGAAUAAGUUCACCAUCGUUGGAUGCGAUGAUUUAGCAUUAAUAGCAGGGACAGAAGGGCGUAACUUCACGAGUGGAUGCGUUUCCCUUUGUUCUGAAAAGGAGGAUCUGCUCGAUGGGUACUGUUCGGGGAUUGGUUGCUGUCAAACCUCCAUACCGAAGGGCCUGCAGAGAUUUUCCGUUGUCCUAGGAAGCCUUGAUAAUCACACUGAGGUCUGUUCCUUUGAUCCUUGUGGUUAUGCCUUUCUUGGUGAGGAGGACAACUUUACAUUUCGUACGUAUAACCUUUCUGAUAAGACAUUCAAAAACAGAACUAAAGAAAAUGUCCCAAUUGUGUUCGAUUGGAUGAUUGGGACUCAAAACUGAAGCUCAGAAA